AUGGAUUCAGAUCAACCCCAUAACGACACUUUAUUAGCCACAAAUAGGCUACUAUCAGAUUUAGAAAGGAAAUUAUCAAUAGUGUCUAAUACAUCCUCGUCAUCAAACCAAACCCAACAGUCGCAUAGCUCAUCAAUAAUAGUUGAUAGAAAUUUUUCAGGGAUAGGAAAACAAAAUAUUCAAUCCAGUGUACUCGAGUAUAUCAAGGCAAACGAGGAUGAAUUUAAUCCUAAUGAGUUAUUUGAAGAGAGACAACAUAAAUUUUUAACAAAACUUGGCAGGACCUAUAAUGAUGAUAAAUUUGUAUCGACAAGUGACCAGAAUAACUACGUUACUAAUUUUGACUCUGAAAGUGACGAUGUUCAUGCAAAUAAUAUAAAUGGAAGAAAUGGGCAAAACGAUGUUAAUAUUCACAAUUUAGAAGAAAAAGAAGAACAAUCGCAAAAUGGGUCCCAUUUUAAUGUUACACCAGAAAUGAACUACGAUGAUGAAGACGAUACAUACGUUGAUGAGGGUAAUGGCAACGAAAAAAUGUUUUUUGACGAUGACGACGAUGACUUGUUGUUAUCCCCGGAACCACCAAGAUCCCCUCCGAGGGAAAUUGAUCCUGAUAAAGUAUACGGGUUAUAUGAUUUUUCAGGGCCCGAUCCACUGCAUUGUACAUUAUCAAGAGAUGAACCUGUUUAUUUGCUAAACGAUGAAGAUAACUACUGGUGUUUAAUCAAAAAACUUUCAAAAGAAGAAAGAAUGGCAGUUAUCUCUCUGAGACUGAAUGGUAGUGAAGUACCUAGAGAUCCUUUUGAGGACGAGGAAUAUGAAAAAAUUGGAUUUGUUCCUGCGGAAUGUCUUGAAACUUAUGGAGAAAGACUCGCUAGACUCAAUUGUUUUAAGAAUGAAGAACUAGAAAAACUAUCUAGAGAGGACCCUGAUAAUGAUGACUCGAUUCAAAUUUUAGAUAAUGAGCCAUAUGGUUUGGAUAAUAAUUCUGCACAAUCAAACAUGUCACAGGACAGCACACAUACCACUGAUCUAGAAAGACGAAAUACUAAGACUAAUAAGUCUGUUACCUUUGAGGAUUUAGAAAUAUUAGAUUUCUAUGAUCAAGAAGAAGAUGACGCUAAUAAGGAAAAUAAUGAAUUUGGCCAACAUUUAUUGACAGUUUCUCAUGAUGAAUUGCAAUCCUUGGCCUUGCCGCAAAAUGAUGAAGACAAAAUUUCAGAGGUAUUAAGUGAUGUUUACCCGAAUGAGAUGCCUUUGAUCAUUAACAAAAAUAGCGAUAAAAGAGCAUUAACGGCUAAGCAGGAAAGAGAUAUAAAACCAGUAAAUGAUGAAAAGGCUGAAAAUGAGCCACAGUCUGCAGACAUUACUCCACAUUCGCCAGAGGUGAUUGAAAUUCUGGAUGUUGAUGAUGAUGCUGAGAUUAGUCAUACCAUUCAUAUCAACGAAGAAACUUCCAAUACAACUAGUAGCAAUAACCAUAACAGUAAUGAUAAUAAUAAGAAUGAGAGUAGUAGUAUAAGUGAAACAGAAGACAACGGUACUACUAAUGGUAAAAAUGGUGAUGAAAAGGACGAAAUGGACGAAAUAAUUUUCAACAACCCAUAUACGGAAUUUACGAAGCCGCCAAUUUUUAAUAAGAAACAACAAGAUAAUUCAUCGAUUGGCUCGUUUUCUCCAGAUACCCCACCUCAAAGGAAGAAGUUUUCAUCCCCUAACCUUGGACUAGAUGAACAAGAUGCCUCUGAUGAUGAAGCAAAUCUGUCAUCAAUCAGGAGAUCUAAUGUUUUGGAUAGACUUAACAAAAUAACAUCAGAUAUCCAAGAGCAGCUAAAUCUAAAUGAUUUUGACUAUGAAUCUUUUAAUAAUGAUACUGAUUUCUUACAGAAUCUCAAAAGCUCUACCGACUCGUCUGAUCUUAAAGCUUUAAAUCAAGCCCCUGAAAAAGAUGAUGAUUAUGAUUUCGAUGAUUAUGAUGAUUACGAUGAUGAUUAUUAUUAUCGCAACGAAAGCGAGCCUGAUGAGCAGAGAGAUUCUGAUGGUGUUGGUACAAUAACUCCCUUAACAAGCUCCAAUUCAUUAACUAACGGCAUGAUCAUCCCUGUUAAAAACGAUAUAACGGAUAGAAGAAAAUCAAAACCUGUUCAUGAUAUGUUUAUUCCAGUACUCGGAAAAUUUGAUCUGUUAGCUGAAAAAUUAGCUAAACUAGAUGAAUUAAUAUAA